AUGCUGGCUGAGUUAGCGGCGGAGAAUGCUCGAUUGAAGCUGCAGACCACAAAGUUAUUAGAUGAGACCACCGAACCCGUUCAAACUACUAUCGUGACGCCCGCACAAGCUGCCAGCCCGUCAUUCACCACCCUCAACCGACAAGCUCCCAUCAUGCCCAAAAAAGAUGUCUUUAGAUGGGCGAAGCUUUCAGAUCUGGGAGCUCUGCAGGAAGAAGAUUCCACAGACGACCUGGUUUCUGGCGAUGCAAGCGACUCCGACGACAGCAUUGCCGAUGCACUUGAAGCGAUGAACAAACUAUUAGUGCUGGAUGGACAGGAUUCGCCAAUUGAGGAAAAUGGGAAUGGUUUAUCUUUCCCAGACUCAGCAGAAUCCUCAUUUUCAGCUUCGUUACUGAGCGGCGUAACAACGGAGGACCUUACUGGCUUUGUCGUCAAGGAUAGUGAAUAUCCCGCGCACGGUGGAGGAUAUGCCGAUGUAUAUACUGGCACUCUGUCAAAAGAAGGAAAGAAAACCAAGAGGCUGCGACGCGAAAUACGUCUGUGGUCGUGCUUGCAUCAUCCAAACGUUGUACCGCUGCUGGGAACUACUAUGAGUUUCGGCUCUCAUACUUCUAUGGUCUGCCCCUGGAUGAACGAAGGAAGCUUGCACCAUUAUCUUACUGACAGGAAAUCCGAGUUAAACCUUAGGAGGCGUUUGCAAAUUCUGUCAGACGUUGUAGAAGGCUUAUCAUAUUUGCAUUCACAGCCAGUCAUUCACGGCGAUCUCACAACGGGUAACAUACUGAUGGACGGCGGGAAGGCACAUCUAAGCGACUUCGGCCUAUCAAAUGUCAUGGCAGAAGCCCGAAUCAAUUCGUUCUUAAGCUCCACAGUUGGAGGGGCCCCGAGGUGGACAGCACCUGAACUCCUUCACGUAGGUACGGACCCUAUUGCCCCUGCAGAUAUGACCAAAAAAUGCGAUAUAUAUUCGUUUGGGAGUGUUGCGCUGCAAGUUAUAUCCGGAAGGAUACCCUACGAGGAUAUCGUUUCUGAGGUCCAGGUCAUCAUGCAGCUUAUAAAAGGUAUCAAUCCUCCAAGGCCUGCUGAGCCACUUCUUUCAGACGCAUUCUGGGAGUUUAUUGUUCUAUGCUGGAGUCGAGACCCGUUUAAACGACCUGAAAUCGACCAAGUCAGAGAGAAGCUCCAACUAUUACGCUACAGCUGCACCGAGGAGACAUUGGCUUCCAAUAUUGUCGAUUGUGAUAAACAGCCAGAACAGGAAACCAAUGACAAUGAAUAA